AGUACGCGAAGCAUCGUAUCGCGAACAUCGCAGCUGAUCUUCUUGUCAUGGAUUCUCGAGGAAUCAAUUAAUGAGCUAGAAUAGAAAUACUAUUUUGUUAAUACUUGGAAAUACAAUUUGUGUAGUAAGGCUCUCUAUUAUGUUACGGUAUUACUGUCUUAGCUGACAAUUAAUUAUAUAAAAGAGUGAUUUCGGAAAUGACGCUAUCGUCCAUUGCUAUGUUGUUGUUUGUGUUAUUAACCCUUGUUAGUCUUACCACAGCGGAAUACAAUGUAAAAUGCAUGAACGAGAGUGUUAGUGAAACUGUUUUCAAGCCUUCAGAGGACGGAGUUAAAGGAAGAUUCGACUUAGAGUGGUGUACUAGUGGAAAACUGAAUGCAACGGUAUGGGAAAUGAUCCUGAGCUACAAUUUGUUCAAGAACCAACACAACUGUGAUAGCAGGACCCUACCGGCGCAAAAACAUUCACAUUUCAAGGCGUAUUUUGAGCCUGAGGAUGUAAAUUGUACAAAUUUAUGUUUCUACACAACUCUGGACAUGGUGUUCACCGGGUGUUACGUCCUCGAGAACUGGCUGCCGGCCAUGGGCUCCCGCCGCGAUUUCUACGGCGAAUACAUCGUUAACAAUUUAACAAGACAGUCCUUCUUUGAGAACAAAGUCACUGCUGAUGCAUUUGAUCAUGAGGAUUAUCUAAAAGUCCAUUGGCACCUGGGCAAUAUAAUCGCCAAAAAUUUCGACAUGAUGUUGUGCAAGAACACGACUUGGCCAGAGCACCAGGAAGAGAACUGCGAGCGGAUAACUGACAACUGUACGGUUCCCGUGUCUCGUCCGCACGAUAUAAUAUGCAUCACGGGCCCCAGAUACGGCAAAUACUUCAUGCAAUUGAGAAACCGCGGGCCCUGGAUAGUGUCGUCCGUGUUCAAGAAACAGGUCAUCAUUCAGUACAGCUUCGAGAUACUGAACGUGACGUACACGAUCAGCCGGCCGGCGCCGCCCGUCGCGUGGUGGUGCGGCGCGGCGCUGGCGGCGGGCGCGGCCGCGGGCGCCGCGCUCGUGGCGGCGCGCGUGGCGGCCGCGCGCGCGCUGCGCCGCCGGGUGUGGACGCAGUGGCACGAGAACAGGAAGCAGGACGUCGAACUCGUGACCCAAGCAGAAACAUUUCGAUCCGUUUUAUUCCUUUACGCGAGGGAGGGCGACGCGGGGGAACCGCUAGUGAUGGCUUUGAAGGAACUCUUGCGGAGUGCGCAGUUGCAGGUGUACGAUCUCUACAGUCCAGAAAUAGUGAGUCAGAGUGCGCCCGCGCCGGCGUGGUGGCUGCGCGAGCAGCUGCAGCGCGCCGACGUCGCCGUCUUGCUGCUGCAGACCCCCGCGCUCGCCGCGCUCUACUCGCAUACAGUGGUCCCCCCUUCCCCCGGCGCGGACGCAUCCCUACUGAACAGAGUGGUCCCCAUGGAGCCUUCGCCCGGCGACGCGCUGUUGUCUCUGGCGCUGAGGAUCCUGGCUGAAGAUGUGUGCACGGUCACGCCCUACAACAAGUAUUAUUUGGCCCAAUUGGAGUGCCUAGAAACCGAGACGCUCCCGUACGUGGUGCCGUUCCGCCGCUACUCCAUCCCGGCGCACGCGCGCGCGCUGUGCGGCGCGCUAGCGGCCAGCGGGGCGGCGGGCGGGGCGGCGGGCGGGGCGGGGAGCGGGGCGAGCAGCGAGGACGCGCUGCGGGCGGUGUCGCGGGCGGCGCGCGGGCUGCUGCGGCACGUGAGAGACAACCCCGGCUACUUGAGCGAUCAUCUGCUCAUUUUAUGA